AUGGAGAUACCCAACCCGAAUCUCUUUAAAGGGCUUUGCUCUAACAUGGUAGGGUAUCGGCCAUUGAUGUAUAAAGUUCAGUUCAGAAGAAAGGAAACAGUGUUGGAUUUGGCUAAGUUUGUAGAUAAGGGAGUGCAAGUUAAGCUCACUGGUGGUAGACAAGUCACUGGAACUCUUAAAGGCUAUGAUCAGUUGCUGAACCUUGUUCUCGAUGGGGCUGUGGAGUCUGUUCGUGAUCAUGAUGAUCCAUCGAAGACUACAGACCAGACGAGAGACGCCUCGGUUUGUCGUGAAACUGCGGUGAUGCUCGUCUCACCAACAGAUGGAACCGAAGAAAUCGGUAACCCAUUCGUUCAACCAGAAGCUGUCUAA